AUGGAUCGUACGACAACGUACUGCUAUUUUAUUUCCGAACUGUACUCGAUGAAGCAGCCUGUAAAGGAUAAUGUACUAGUGCAGGACUCGGGCAGUUUGUGCCCCAUUACAAUUCGCGUAGACAUUCCCGGUGAGCUGACGAAGAACGCACUUAUUCCGCUGCGUUAUACCGCCACGCUAGACAAGUCGUCGGCUGACCCCAAGUUUAAGUUUCCUCAGCCAAUUGCUCGCGCGGCUGUGCCCGAUUAUCUCCAUAGUAACAAGAGUGCGUCAAAGAGUUUGGACGGGAGCACGUAUGACAUAGCGGUGGCCCACGUGGUCAUCUGUGACUGGCGCUCAUGUGACCUCUUCUCGACAACCGGUGACAGUUUCACUUACUACUCGUCCACGAACAACCCGAACAAUUUCAAUGAAAAUGUAGCCGUUUUUGGCUCGAAUGAGCUCGUGAUCCCUAAGGACGGAAAGUACACGGGAUACGCCCAUCUCGUAGUCAACAUUGCCGGCAACUCGCGAGCCGAUUUUGUAACGUUCUUUCCUGUCCAGAUCGGUGAUGUUGCUGGUACAACACCUAGCAGUAUUGUGACAGACGGCACGACCACAUAUUGCUGGACUGCAGAAGAUGUGUCUGUGUUUGACCCGGGUGUUUCAGGUGACCUUACUAUUCGAACAGGUAGUUUUUGUCCUGGCAUCAUGUCCAUGUCGCUCUCGUCUACGGAUGUUAACGUUGGAGACACGAUCGAUAUUUCCUGGAUGCUGGACAUGUCAGAAUCAUCCACCGAUGACUCGACUAUAAUUGCUGAGGUAUCAAUGACGGAUGCUAUCCGAAACCCGCGUACAAACAUCUACUCGAUAGUGCCCAUCUCCGUCUUCAGCGGCUGCCAGCGGAACUUGGAUGGUGCCAACUGCUCCACCUACACGGGAGCCGAAUCGUCCACCUUUGCCAUCGCGGAAUACGAUGACAUGAACCUCACGAGUGGUGCCGUUAGCUACUCGACUACUUACACUUUCGACACUUCGGGUCAGUUUACAAUGUUUGGACGUGUUGCUAUGGCGACUGUGGACGGCGAUCGUAUUGACAUGGCCAUCUACUCGAGCGUGACAGUUUCUGUUAUAGGUGGAAGCAGCGGUAGCUCCAUGUUCCUUUACACUGGUAUUGGUAUCGGUGCUGCUAUCUUGCUGGCUGCUAUGCUCUUUUGCUACAUGAAGAAGCGCAACAACAAAUUAAACACGAAGGACAUUCCAUUCCGCCAACCUGUGAACGGGCUGGCGCGCGCAAGCGACUACAAUAUGGCGUCUUCAAACUUUCUAUCGCACAAGACACCCGCACAGCAGAUUCAGAGGCUGAAUUUGACCGGUGACUAUGAUGCUGCCAACACUGCUCCAUCAUACCUUGCAGUUAAUGCUGCGGAUAGUGUCUUGCUUGAUAAGACGAUUUGCGCGGAGCCCGAUUCCAAGUCUGACUCUGAGGAAAGCAACGAUUCCUUUUCGCUAAACCCGUACGAUCGUGCCAGUUUUGCGGGUUUAGGUGACGACGUCGGAAGCUCGCAGCCUUCCGAUGCUAGCAAAUUCUCGUUCCAGUCUGGCUACGAUGACGAGUCGGAGUGGGAAUUUGAUACACGACAACUUCUGGGUAAUGAUAGAAGCAGCGAUUGUAGUGCAGACUCUGCUAGUCUGCCUGCUGUUAGUACUUACGAAAUGAGGAAUGGUAUGCCCAUUCUGGAAGAAGACGAUUUGGAUAUCAACGACCAGCAGCACCCGUCGAACUCUACUAUCGGGCUGCGUAGCACGACUAGUUCUGGUUGGACCGUGAACUAA